CUUCCCAGUUCAGAAAAAGUAAAAUUCAAGAGUUUGUUAAGAGUGGGCAAUCAGUUUCACACGAUCAUCACAACUGAGCAAUACAGCUACAGCAACCUCAUGCCGCCGCCGGAGCUACCAGCACUGGAGGAAGCCAGGAGCUCAAACGAUCUCCAGCUCCAACACAGGGAUGACUUCCGGGAAUCCCAUCUGAGGUGUUAUGAAGCUGCAUGCCAAGACGAUACCACCGUCAGGGCAUUCGACUCAACGAUCCAGGUUCACAGCAACGGAGCCAUUAAGUUCAUGGCACUUGGCCUUCUGGUUCCCUCCCUCUCCUUCGACUCUACCCGGGAAGUCACUGAAUACCUUCUUGAAGUAGACCCAGAAGUGGUAAAAAUUAUUCUCGAAAAUAUGAAAGACGAUAUCGAAUUAUCGAAUCUUGUUGAUGAUUAUUUCCAAAAUAGCCUUCAAACUUUAAAUUUCUGCACUGCCCUUGAUGCCUGUCUUAGGCGUGGUGGUCAUAUCGAGUCGAUAUUGAAUGUAGCUCUUCGAGUAUUUGAGGAAGAACAUUACAGUAUUUCUGGAGAAGGGAAUGUGAAAAUUUAUUCGAGAACUUCAGAGGAAAUAAGGAAUUUAAAGGCGGCAGUAGAUCCCCUAAUUGACGAGUUCUUGGAACUGUUUACCUCAGUUUAUAAGCAACAAGUUUUGAUGAUAGAGACAUUGCAAGCAAAGAAGAGAAAACUAGACAAGAAGUUGGGGAAAUUGAAGGUAAGGAGGAAAAUCUCUAAUGUGAUAUCUAUCGGCGCAUUUGCCUCGGUCUUGAUAAGCUCGGUGGUGGCAGCUGCAGUCAUGGCCCCGCCUGUGGCGACAGCUCUGGCUGCAGCAGCUGCUGUGCCUUCAGGGUCAAUGGGGAAAUGGCUCGACUCGGUUUUUAGGAAGCGUGAGAUGGGUUUAAGACGGAAAAGGGAGAUAAUUACUUCAAUGCGUAUUGGGAGUUACACCGUCAUCAAGGGAUUGGAUCUCGACAGGUUUCAGAUUGAGAUUGACUCGUUAUUGGAGAAUGUGGAUUUUGCUACGAGGGAGGACUCAGUGGUUAUUGCAGUGGAGAUUCAAAAGAAGUUGAAUGGAUUUACGAAAACCAUUCAAGAUUUGAGGGACCAUUUGAAUAAAUGUACCAGAAAAAUUAGGAAGGACGGGAAAUUAAUUCUACAGAAGAUCAUGAAUCAAAACUUUGCUAUGUCAUAAAGGAUUGGAUAUUUCCUAGGUCAAACAUCAUGUAAAUACCAUGGAUUGGAAACUGAGUUAUUUUAUUUCGCAAUAAUAUAUCUUCAUAUCAUAGAUUACAAGUAUGUUAUUUGAUGUUGCCCAUGAGAAUAUUUCAAGAAUAAUGUUUGGGGUACAUUAUGGACAUCAUUAUGGUGUUAAUUAUAUUC